UGGUCGCUCAUGAAAGGUAGGUCUAACUGCGACCUGACUGCGACGCAGCGGGCGCAUAAAUCACCAAGCAAGGUGGCUUCGCCAGCCCAGCGCGAGGGCGCCACCGUGGAAACCACAUACAUGCUGGCCCUGCGCAACGAGGGCCCGCCGCCCGACGCCAAGCGCGCCCAGGCCGCCCUGAAAUACAUGCCGCCCGACGGCCCGAAGGCCACCGUGAAGUGGCCGAGCAAGGAAGGGCAACGAGGGCGACGGGGCGUAUCUCUGGCCGUCGCCUGCGGCGGGUCGCUCGGUCGCAUGGAGUUAGCGGGCACGAAGCACAUCCUGCGCAUAAAUAACGGCGAGGAGGACUACGCGACGAUGGACGUGUCUGGUGUAGCGGAGGAGGAUUUGAAGCGGUUGGCGCCGUCGUUCAUCGAGCAGCCGAAGGCACCGCGGCCCGCGAAGAAACCGAGGCGCUUCGCGGACGUCUUGCAGGACGGGCCCGCCGCGACCUGGUCCGAGGCGCCCCCACCGAUGAUCCAACGGGAGAAGCCCAAGCCCGCGAAGGCGUCGCAAGCUAGACAGCGGAAGCGGCCGUUGCUCGAAAUGGCCCAACUCCGGGGCGACUUUGGGGGGCGGAAGGCCUAUGUUUCUCGCGUGUUGUGUGGCCCUAGAGAUAUUGUAGGUCAGGCGGCCCAGCCGGGCGGGCUGCUGGAAGCGGCUGGUAAUUUAACUCAAACCGCGAUGCCGAAUUUAGCUCGAAGCCAUAUCGACGCUCUACUAGCGGAACGGGGCACGGCCUGCUUCGUGGCGCACACGAUCGACGAGAACGACCUCGACGGCGACUCCACGGCGAAAGAUGACGUCUUGGGGUGUGCCGCGGUCCGCCGAGCGCAUGCCAAACUCUUCCAGGUGUCCUUCCUCUGCGUCGCCGAGGCGUCCCGUAAUAAGGGCGUCGGGUCGCAGCUCGUGCGCCGCUUGUUAUCUCAUGCGAGGAAGUACAAGGUCCCGCGCGUCGCCGUCUACGCCGACAAGAAGUCGUUACCUUUUUUCGCGCACCGCGGUUUUAGACCGAUGGAGAAGAAGGACCUCCCGCCGGGCCAGUGCGACUGUCUGGACCACUACUCCGAGUCGACGCUGGUGGUGGCGAAGCUUAGUUUCCCGGGCUCGGAGUCGCGCGCUUCAGAAUUAUCGCCGCGCGCGCAGACGCGGCCGAAGAACACGCUGCCGCCGGAGUGCUGACGCUUCGGUUUCAACUGACUGCUGCUUAUACACCUACCGUAACAUGUGUUAUACUU